UUCUGUUUCCGGCGCUCCGUGAGCCCAUUCAGCGAAGAUGGCGAGCGGAGGAGGCUCUGUGGCUUCGCUGUGGACUGAAGUCAACCGCUGUGGGCAGAAUGGAGACUUUACAAGAGCCCUGAAAGCGCUGACUAAAAGUACGAGUGUAUAACUUUUAUUUAUUAUCUGACAACGAGCUUGAGCUUUGAGUCUGUAGACAGUCGGGGUGUUUAUUCUCGCUCCGGUUAGCUUGCUAAGCUAAAGCCAGCUGUUAGCACGUGGCUAAGCUAACGGCAGCUCCUCUCCACUCUGAUAAAAACUGAUUUAGACUUUUAUUCCUGAUAUGCUUAGUAACGUAUUUUGGACGCAUGUAGUUUCCAGUUUGGUAGGUUUUGUUAGUUUUAGUGAAAGUUUAGAAGUCUAACUUUACCCCGUUGACCUGUCCAGACCACUGACGUGUCCCUGAUCAGCUGUUUUUAUCCAUGGCAGCUGAUCGUGCUGGGCUGCAACAAAUGUAGAAAUUCACUCGUUUUUAAAAUAUUCUUUAUUUGUUACACUGUAGUAUUUUAUUACAUUUACUCACCUUUAAAUCGCAUGCUGAGAAUUUCAUUGUUUUGUAUUUACAAACAUUUAACAUCAGAAUAUCCCUUUAACUUAUUCAUUUAGUUUCAUUCACAUGUCUGUGGAGGUUCACAUUCUCCUUAAUACAUAAUGCUUAUUUGGCUGUUGUCCACUGACGCCUGUAUUCUUUGUUGAUUAGUAAAGGGUCAAACUCAAAGUACCCUUGUGAUAUUUUGAUACUGCUUGACUCAAAAUAAACCCCCCUUUUGACCUUUCAACGGAACUGUUGAGAUUUGCUGUUUGGAUACAUAGUGGUGUCUUUAUUUUACAUGAUAUAUUUUCCAGUAAGAGCAGUAAGAUGCAGCUAAGAUAGAUAAAAUGACAAAUUUCAUCAUAAUUUCCUCGUAAAGCAUCAUUUUUGUGUCAGUUGUUUGACUGUGUACUUUUCAUUACCAUUUUUUGUGAACCAUACUGAUCUUUGUUUUGGUCAUCUUCUGUCAGCUCAUAAUAACUUUUCUGCUUCCUCACCUUUUUUUCUUGCAGUUUUGCACGAGAACAGGGAUGACGUGACGGCCCUUCACUGUAAAAUAGUUUGCCUUAUUCAGAAUAGCAGCUUCAAGGAGGCGCUGAAUGUUAUGAACACUCAUUCAAAAGUGCUCAGCAGGUAACCAGCUCAUGUUUUGGUUAUUUCUUUAAGCCAAAUAUGUCAAUGAGUAAAUGUGUAUUUUCAAAAUGAGCUCUUGAACACUUAAAACUCUUCAAACGUACUUGUGUCUCAGUGAGGUUGUGUUUGAGAAGGCCUACUGUGAGUACCGACUGAACAGAGUGGAAAGUGCCCUGAAGACCAUCGAAGGUGCCCCUGAACAAACAGACAAACUAAAGGAGCUCUACGGUCAAGUGGUGAGGCUGAUUAUUCCUCAAGAAAAUUGCUUUUACAUCAAAGCUGCUCGCUAAAAUUGUUUUAAUCUUAUAAGAUAAAAUAUUAAUAUGAAAUACCAUCAAGCACUGCCAUGAAACUAAUGACAAAGUUCCUUUAUUGUAAAAUAAUAUUUGAUAAAGCUUUUGGUCAAAGAUGGAAGAGUGAAAGUUCUUUAAUACCUGACAAGAAGUUUUUCAUUGUCAAAGUUUGCGAUGUGAUUUCCUGAUCUGAGUGGAUCUUUUCUUUUAUUUCUCAGUUGUACAGACUGGAGCGCUACAAUGAGUGCAAGUCUGUCUACACGGAUCUGAUCAGGAACUCUCAGGAUGAGUACGAGGAGGAGAGGAAGACAAACCUCGCAGCUGUGGUAGCAUCUAUGAGUCAGUGGGAGAAAACUCUGGUGGUUAGUCGUCUUUUACAAAACUGCAUUUUUACUCUUGAUGCCACAAUUGUUUUACUUCAUAUUUAAGCUUUUUUGGAAAUGUUGUUAAGUUUUUAAAAUUCUUUCACUGCGUAGAAAGUUAAACAUUUCAGAUUCAAACUCUGACAUUCCUCCUCUUGAUCAAAUAUUGACUCAAAGUGAAUUAAAUGAAACAGCUGUGGAUCACAUACAGACUGUACAGCUGCUGUUUAACAUAUGUCUAAUUGAUUUGAACAUGAGAAAGAGCUUUGGCACUUCAAGUCAGGGAGUAUAAGUGUCUAAAAUGUAGAAAUAUCUGAAGUGUUUUUGUUCCACUUUAACUUUAAUGUAAUCAUUUUCAUCUUAAACGAUGGUUUCAUGUUGUCACUUCAAACUGAUUGUAGCCAAAUAUUUGAUGAUUUUAAAUCUUUCUCCAGAUUAAUUUUAUCAUUGUGUUUCUUCUGCUUUUGUUUAACGUUUUAAGAGGCUUUAUGAAUAUAACUGAGUAUUUAGAUUGAUGAGUUUUGUGUGUAUUCUAAACUGGCCUGUGUAUUCUGUUCUGCAGGAGGACUUGGGUCUCCCAGAGUCCACCUAUGAGCUGUGCUACAACGCUGCCUGCACUCUGAUUGGACAAGGACAGCUUACAGAGGCGCUCAAUAAACUGCAACAAGCCGAGGGUCGGUCACAACACUGUUCGGCUUUUUAGUGAAGUUUUUCUUCUGCUUAUUGCUUAUGUAACUUUACGGACUGUUUUCUUUCACAGAGCUUUGCAGAGUCUCCUUGGCAGAUGAUUCGGUGAGUUAUUGAAUUUAAAUUGAUGAUUUAAGCAUUGAUUAGUCAGCUGAUUGUUUGAACUGUAACAUUUAGUUACUAUGGUAACUAGUACACUAGAUGUUAUUGAUCGUAGAUGCUGCUGGCACAUUAAUGUGCUAUGCUCAAGAAAAGGCAAAAUUGUUUUUUUAUGAGAUAUUAUCCAAACAGUAGGAUGAUUUUUAUCUUUGAUUUGAGCUGCACAGUCGUCUACGAGCCUUCAAACUGUCAGAUUUCCAGGCUUAUUCACCGACAUUACCUUUUUGUCCCUUUCAGGAUGUGACCGAGGAGGACAUCGAGUCCGAGCUGGCUGUCAUCCACUCUCAAAUGGCGUACGUCAUGCAGCUACAAGGUCGAACAGACGAAGCGCUGCAGCUCUACAACCAGGUCAUCAAGCUUAAGUGAGUGCACCAUGCAUCACGUUAAUGAACCUCCAAAAGCAGAGGUUGUGAUAUAAAUCAGGUAGAUCCAAAAGGCCGUGCACAAACGGUGCUUUUAGUUUAGAUGUUGAAUAUUUAUUUAAUUUUACGCCUCUCAUCGCAGGCCGUCAGACGUGGGGCUGCUUGCUGUGACUGCCAACAACAUCAUAACAAUAAACAAGGUGAGUGCAUUCAAGUUCAGCUGAGUUAAGUGUCUCAUACAUGAACUUGGAGUAAAUAUUUUGCAGUGAAUAGAGGGCCUGUUGACAUCCAAAGAAAAAAAAUCAAGCUUGACGAAAGGUUGUUCGAUGUUGCUGCAGGACCAAAAUGUGUUCGACUCAAAGAAGAAGGUAAAACUGACGAACGCUGAGGGGGUUGAAUACAAGCUGGCGAAGAUGCAGCUGCAGGCCAUCGACCUCAACAAAGCCCUGCUGGCGAUGUACACCAACCAGGUAGAGUCAGAGUUCAAGAGCUGUUUGACUCUGAGAAAGAGAGUCACGGUCCCUGAAAUGUGAUCAAUGAUUCAUCUAUCUUUGUGCCUCCCUGUUCCCCCACCAACAGGCUGACCAGUGCAGGAAACUUUCAUCCAGUCUUCAGUCUCAGAAUCCAGGUCACCCACGACCCGUCCUGAUCCAGGUGGCUCAGCUGUGCAGAGAGAAGCAGCACGGCAAGGCUGUCGAGCUUCUACAGGUGUGAAUGAUUGAGAUUAUUGAUCUAAGGGCAGCAGCUACAGUGACAUUCAGGCAGCUUAGACCAAACACAGAGAGUCGACACACACUGUUUAUGCAAAGAUCUGUUUUACACACCUUUAUGGGGCUUUUUUAUUCAGAAUUUAAGCUCGUAUAUUUUUAAGCUCAUACUCACAUUCUUUGGAGGAAACAGUAAUGUUAAGAUUAACUGCAGAUCUGAAACAAACUUGUUUGGAAAUCUUUUUAUGUUGUUACUAAGUGGUUUAUUCUGUUCUUGCUUUCAGCAAUUCUCAGACCAACAUCCAGAGAGUGCAUCUGGCAUCAAACUGACAAUGGCACAACUUUAUUUAGUACAAAGUAGGAGCUGUUUUCUUUUACUUUAUAAGAAAUAAUCCACUGAAAAGCCUUUUUAGGGCAUAAUAGUGAUUAAAAUUGUGCCUGCUGCUGUUCAGUCUGUCUUUGACAAACAGACGUCAGUAAUUUUAAUGCAGUUGUCCGAUUUUCAGAUUUGCAGUUCAGUUUUUCUGUCCUGUGAUUUAGUUUUUGUUGAUUUUACCCAACAUUAUGGCUGCAUUCAGGUGAAUAAAAAGAGUCAUGUUUUUGGUCCUCAGGUCACGUAACAAAAGCUUGUGAUGUCUUAAGGUCAAUUGAAGAGUUCAAGCACAAAUCAGGGAUGGUGAGUCCCAUAUCAGUUGGUUAGAUGCUGAAGUUUUCACACGUAGUUUUCCUGUAGCGAUGUUGAACUCUCAGACUGUCUGCCUGACACGUUUUGUUGUCUGAUCAGGUUUCAGCUCUGGUAACAAUGUACGCCCAUGAAGAAGACAUCGACAGCGCCAUUGACGUUUUCAAACAAGCUAUUGAACACUUUCAGUCUGAACAGGUUUGUGUCCACUGUGUAGUGAUUUCAUUCCUCCUGUCUUCACUAAAUGAAAGCUUUUCACGUCCACCUUCUUAAAACUUUGAUUUAUUCUGAUCUUCCUCUUGUUUUUGGAGGUUACAGAGAAAAAAAGGAAGAAACAGCUCAGCAGACUUUAUGUCUUUGAUUUGAUUUGAUUAGAGUCAGCUUGAAGUCAAGUAUCUUUCUGUUCCCACCUUUGUAGGAGUCAGGCUUUUGUGCAAUACUUUGACUUAAAGAGACAAGCUGAUGCAUGAACCAUUGUCAAUGUUUUCCACUGUGUAAUCCCCGACUUUAACCCUUUCGUUCCCGCCUCUCAGCCUGGAUCUGCUGCACACUUGGCGCUCGUACGAGAAGCUGCCAAUUUCAAACUGAAGUACGGACGGAAAAAAGAAGCCAUUAGUGAUCUGGAGCAGCUGUGGAAGUGAGUGUCAGCUUUUAAAGCUCCCUCUGAAGUUCAACAUGAGUUUAUUAAAAAUACAUUAAUGUGCUCCUUAGAGGUUUGUCUCUCAGCUUUAAGUUCAGGCAUCCUGCUGGCUUUAAAUCAAGCAGCUCGAGUACUAAACAGAUUCAACAGAAGCUUUUAGAGGAAAUAAACCAAAAAAUAACGAUGUAUGUCCUUGAAACAACAAGGGUUUAUACAGUGCUGCGACAGACAUGUAAGAGCAAAAAACAAAACAGCUGAAAAGAUCUCAACAAACAUGAUCAAUCAAGACAGCAGUAACACCCAACAUUAGAGCCCAGGAAAUCCAAGAACCUGGCAACAGUAAACCAGACCAAGACCAACUAUGUAAAACAGUGUUUGUUUAAAUGAGACGGAAUCAUAAUAAGAAAUCGAGCCAGCAGAGCAAAAAUAAAGAGAGAGGACGAUAAAAAGACAACAUGGAAAAAAAGCAAGUCUAUAAAAGUGACUUUAAAGAAGUGAUUUAAACAGAAGUAUCUAACUCAGCGAGCUUUAUCCUCUCAGGCAGGUCAUCUUCAUGUCGAGGGGUCCUUGGGAUCAAAGCAGAACCUCCUUUAGUUUUACUCCACAACUCUGUAACAGCAAGCUGGGUCCUACCGGAGGAUCUCAGGCUGGCUCAAAAUCAGCUCUAAAAUUAAGAGGAGGCCAGAGUGAGCUGCAGGAGACCAGUCUGGAGGAAGAGGAGGUUUUGUAAUGAUGAUACUUAACUGUUUUAUGUGUUUGUUUUUUUCAAACAGGCAAAACACUAACGACGUCCACACACUUGCACAACUCAUCUCUGCGUAUUCUCUGGUGGACACGGACAAAGCCAAAUCGUAUCCUCUGACCAACUUUGAUGUUAGACACCAAACCUGAACAUCAUGAGUCUUUUACUGAUGGGAAACUCAUUUGAUGGCGUAAGCAUUGUUUCAGACAUUGUGUGAACUCAGAGCAUCUUUAUUAUUUAGGAUAAAGAUGAUCGGAUAAAACAAAGAAAAUGAAGACACCACAUGGAGCUUUGGUAUUCCUCUCUUACUUUCUUUUUUGUUGAUCAAACUGCUUUUCUUAUUCUUAAAAGAACUGGGUCAAACUACAAGGACAAAAAUGUUAGUGAAGUCAAGACAGCAGGAGCGCCUCAUGUAGUAAAAAUGAGGAUGUAUAUUUGAAAGCUUGAUGCAAAUCAGAGAGAAACUGUACAUUGUCCUUAGCACCUGUCUCCAGCCUCAGCAAACACCUCCCCUCAGCAGACACCAUGGCUUUCAACGUGGACGUUGACGAGCUGGAGAACUCACACGGGGCGACUUCCAUCAGGAAAAAAGCCGCUAAAGUCAUCAAACCAGAAAGUCUUCCCAAAGAACCUGGGUAAAACCUUUUUGACUCUCCACCAAAUGAAAUAAGUAUUUUGUAUUUAAAAUAUCUAUACAGAGUGGAGAUGCUUCGAUAAGUUUAUGAACUGCUUUUUACUAAAACCUCUUGGUUUUCUUUACAGUCAAGGCGACAUCAAAAAGAAGAGGAAGAAAAAGAAGGGUAUGGAUCUUCUCAAAUAUAGUUUAUGGGAGUAUUGAGGUAAAAAAAAAGGUCUGUUUAUUAAAGAACAACGUUACUUGAUUAGGACCGAGGUAACCGUGACUGUUUAAAAAAGAAAGUUUCUAGGUAAUGCUGCAAAGUCUUAAAAAGUCUGAUUUUAAAAUUGGAUCGAUCUAAGAACACUGUUGACCCCUAUGGGCCAGCAGUGUGAACUGCAACAAUAUUGUUGGCUUUAAACAAUCCUCUAUAAUUUCUUCCCUUCUACUUUUAGGCAAGCUGCCGAAGAACUACGACCCCAAAGCGACCCCUGACCCUGAGAGGUGGUUGCCCAUGAGGGAGCGCUCCUACUACAGAGGCAAGAAGAAGGGAAAGAAGAAGGAGCAGAUCGGGAAAGGCACACAGGGAGCGACUGCAGGAGCUUCAGCCGAGCUGUGAGUAACCUCGGGGAUCAAGUACACGUGCAUGUCACCUGUGAGAGGGUAUAUGUGGGUGGAGUUUCCUCUAAUACAGGAGUAUUAAUCACUUCUUGUAAUGAAGAAAAACACCUUAAAUCUCAGUUUUGCUUCACCAUAGAGACCCUCAGAGUAGAUGUUGAGCCUCUGUGCAGAAAGAGACUUGAAUGUUUGCUGAGAAACAUGUUCUCAGUCACAGUAAGAGUAGGUUCAUUUGUUAGGAGGAAGAAUUUGCACAAGAAGGAGUUAGGAAACUGUUUUCUUUUAUAAUGACUUUGACUCAUUUCUGAGGUUUUGCUCAUUCCUGAAAAAGGCUCACAUGGCAUGAAGACUCACUUCAACUCAGAUUACUGUUGUGUGAUUACACCUGUCCCUUCCUCUGGUACAGGGACGCCAGUAAGACAGCCACUAGCCCCCCUACCUCCCCAAGACCAGGCUCUGCAUCUGGUUCAUCUACCGCCACCGCCAGCAACAUGGUCCCCCCUCGACAGCAGAAGCCCGCAGCCUCGGGCGCCACACGCAAGAAGGCACCAUCGAAGAAAAAGAAAGGAGGCAAAGGAGGCUGGUAGUCGGCAGGAAGCGACACAAGGAGAAGGAGAAGAAAAAGAGGGGCCACGGGAUCCACGGACGUCUGUGUGGAUGAGACAACAAGCAAUCAUAAGCUUUUCUCUUUUUCACGUGUCGCGUUUUCGUUUCAUGUUUUUUUAUCCUGGCCGUUCAGACAUGUUAAACCAAAAGCUCCCCUCAGCCCUGCUGUGUCAUUAAUUUGUGGCGUUUUGUUAAAAGGACAGAAAAAAAAGAAUAUUUAAAGGAAAGUUACAAUGAAUUUAACUUUUUGUUGAUCUGCAUAAGACGACUGUUUCAUAUAGUUUUUUUUUUAAAACUGGCGCCCUUUUGAGGUCACAGUGAAAUUAAACAAUACGAUCAAAUGAUAUUGUCUCUAAGUUUCAGUUCUGUACUGUAACCUGGUGUUCCUGGGUGUAUUAUUUUAUCACUGUAUGCCAAAUGUUUUGUACAUUUGCGUACACUGCCUUCAGAAACAUCUGUACAUUUCCACAAUAAAAUGUGAUAAUGAAAUUUUGGGUUGAUCAAACUUCUAUUUAGUGAAGUUACGAUUUAGACCGUAAACAAAACAUGUGAUUUUAUGUCUUAUUUAUGUCACAUUAAUUUUAAUUUGAAGGUUAGGUAAAAGUCAGAGAGCGAUCAGCCUUUGCGGGGUAUCACAAAGUUAAGUUUUGGGGGACUUUUCCUUUAAUUUGUCUUGAAUCUGAGUAUCCCAUCAGCAUUUUUCGAUCAUGUUUCCUUAAACUGUCCAUUUUCUUUAAAUCAGCUGAAACGGGAUGUUCAAGAGCUAUUUAUUUUUAAAGCCCUGUGUUGGUCUGAAUUUAAGCAAACUCAUUUUAACUCUUUAAAUUUGUCAGAUGCAUGUGUCAGGAAUCAGAAAAGAGACCGACCGAUGUCCCAUUUUGUUAAGUCUUAAUAAAACUCUCAACAGCAC